AUGGCUUCGUUGUUCUCCCUCUCUCUGAGCAUCCUGGCUCUUGCUAAUUUUGUUCAAGCAAAAUCCAACUUCCCAUACCCCCUCUCAGAAGCCCAUGCGCACCUAAAGACGGAUGAUGGAGUCACCUUUGACCCUCUCGGUGUGGCCGCAGUUCUUUACAAUCCUCGCGCCGACAAAAGUGCUGCCAGGCUCUAUACGCAGUAUGAUCGGAAGUUAUUCACCUGGCCACAUAUGACCAUGAUCGGAGGGACUCUUCCACCACUGGAGAUGCUGGUCGAGCGCCUCGUAAGCGUAUUUAAAUGGAUUCACCCGGCGAUAAAAAUGUGUGCGAAAGAUACCACCCAGCUCCCUGUUCGGUCUGACGUGUCAGGAAAUGUCUUUCGUCAGCUACCCUUGAACCUGAGCAAUCUAUGGCUUAGCGAUAUAAUAUCAUUCCAAACUUCAAAACAGCCUGGAAAUGAUUUUGCAAUUGUCUGGGUGGAUACGGUCCACCAGUCAGGAGAAGACGGAGAAGACUAUGUCCGAGCUCAAAUCGGCAAUAUAGGGUGGCGUGUUGGCAAAUGGGGAUUGGAUUUGAUGUGUCUGCUAAAUGGAGCCAUGCUUUUAGCUGCCAUGGUCUGUGGAAUUCUGGUGGCAGAUAUCUGGGCAUUCACACUAUUUCUUCUCUACGUUUGCCAUUGGUUAGCUUCUGUAUUCAUCUCGUUGACUACAAUGGUUGAGAUUCACGUUCCGGCAAUCAGGGACGAUUCAACUCAUCGAUACGCCGUAUAUGAGAGAGAAGAAGGUGGCACUGUGAUUUUCAAAGGCCCUCAGAAAAAUCUCGAAGAAUGGGCUCGAUCGACAUGGGAGUACAAGAGAACUUGGACCAAGGACUUCUUGCACUGGCUCUGGGUUCUCACUGGAACUAUGUCUUCAAUAGCAUCAGUUGCUUGUAUGGUCAAUAUGUACGGUUACAUGCAAUUGGCCUUUCUAGGCGUGUUGGUUUACUCCUCGCUUGCUGAGAUCGUGGCGACUCGUGUUGCAAGAAUACUUCAAACCAAGGCACACGGACCGAUAUUCAAAGCUGAGGUACUUGAUAACAAAAGCCGUUCGCGAGCCAUCAUACGAGCAACUCUCGAGGUCAUUCCAGAGUGUCGACUGAGAAAUUUGAACUGGAUCAAGAUGGGCUUGCUUCCACCUAUGCUUGUCUUCCAUAAAAUGCAAGAUCUUCUUGAGGGACUAAGCGAAAUGCAGGAAGAUGGAAGCCUCUCAUUUCCUGCAAAUGAAUCUCAGAGGCCAGCUAUUGAGCUAAAAUUUAAUGCAUUUCUGGACGCAGUGAGUAUCGAGGAUUAUGGGAGCCUUCCGUUGGCUAGAAGGAUACGUGAUGAGGUAUAUGAAACCCUAUACCCAGCUAGCACAGCACCAUUGAAGCCCUAA